CACUUUGAUGUGAACACCCACGUUCACUAUUUAGAUCACCUGUGGGAAGGAAAUCCCCCAAUGGCACCACCCAACCCCACCUACAGCCACAACGUCCAGCAAUUAAAGAGAAAAAUUCUCCAGGUUGCCAAGAAGGAGUCACAAGGCAGCAUUUUGAGGCUCUCGAGCCUGAAAGUUCGUAUUGGUGACCUCUGGAAUGCUUUGUUGAAUGAGAACUUUGCUUUCAGCUUCAAGAAUUCACUGGAGAUUGCUGUGUACAGGAAACUGGACACUGCCUUUAGUCAGUGGACCUGGAGGCUGAGGAGUCACAUCUCAGACAUACAAAUGAGACUGGGCAACAGAAUUCAGAAUGGAGACUUGCAGCAAGUCACCAGAGAACACCUGGAAGGGCUCGUGCAAGAGACAAGUGAUGCCAUCAUGACAGACAUGGAAAAGUAUUUCAGGGAAGUCAAAGACUGUGAGAUGCAGGUCCAGUGGAAAAGCAGCACAGAGCUGAAGAUGAAAGAUCUGAAAGAAUCUCUUCUUCUUGAAACUCGAAAGAAAUGUGAGAGUCUCAUUGAACUGCAGAAGGCCCAAAGUAAACUGGAUGCAAAGACGCUGGAAUAUGAAGAUGAGCUCCUGAGAAAGAGCAGGGAGUUGACUCUGGCUCUAAAAGGUAAGAGCCUCAGUGAGAUACAACUGAGAGACAGCUUUACUUCUCUCUGGGCUGAGUGCAUUGCUGAAGUCUCCCGUGCUGCUCCCCCACGGGAACGGGUGGAUAUUGAUGCAGAAAUAGAAGAUGUCCUUCUGGAGCAUUUUAUGGAGCCUGAUUUCCAUGCACGGAUCAGGUCAUUUCCCAAACAUAGAGAAUUUUCUUUGUACUCGAAGAAAUAUGUCACAACGUGUUGGCAAACAUACCUCCUAUUUUUUGUUUCCAAGGAUUAUAUGAACUUCCAGGACAUCACAGACAGCAUAAUAAAGCGUGUGUGGGCAAACAUUGAUAAGAAGGAACAGAAGAAAAUGGAUUACAGUCGAACCUUUAUUCAUGAAAUACUCCAUGAAGUACAGGAAGGUGUGAACUCCAUCCCCAGCCCAUUUAGGGUUAACAAAGAUUACAUCAUAGAUUUAUCUGUGUACCUCUGCAGAAUGGCAGCAGAAAGGUUUAAAGCCAUGCACGAAGCGUUUCGGAAGGCAAAUGACCCAGUCACCUACCUGAACAGCAAAAGAGAAGAUUUCUUCACAUGUUUCCAGAUUUCCUGCCAAGGAGCCACUUCUGUCAUAGCUUUUGCUGUUUUCCUUUCUUGCAAGCUUGUCCCAGCUCUUCACCGGGCCGUCUAUGAGGGGACGGCUAAAGCCAUCGCUGGAGACAUGCAAGGGAAAGUCCCAGAUUUCCAGGGCAACAGAGCCAAUCUGGAGGUUUGUAUCCUGAGAUUCCUGGCACAACAAGAAAAUUUUCAGUAUUUCAAGCAGUACCUUAAACACCCAAAAAAGUUUUUUCAGAUGUACAUUGAGAGAUGUGUUAGGAGUUACUGUUUAGAUGAGAACAGGAGGCUGGAGAAGUUUUUAGCUUCCUCCCUUGAACUUCUCUAUGGAAGCAUCCUGUCAGCUGUUUCUUCAUCAACCAAAAAGGUCAAAGAUAGAAAUGACAGAGAGGACAAAACCUCUCUCUGGCUGGAUGAAUUUUGUAGGGAACUGACAGAGGUGAUCAACUUGCCCAGAAGUGACCUGAAGUGCAUCGAGCAUCAGGAGAUCACAGACAUUGAGUUAUUGAACAAAGCCAUGGAGGUAGGACUGGCUGCCCUGAGGGAUUGGCUCAGGGGAAAAUUUGUUUUUGCUGAUCUGAGCUGCUUUGAAAGGCAGCCUCACACCAUCCUGGCUGAGCAGUUUUCAGGGUGCUGGGCGCAGUGUCCCUUUUGUGGGGCUGUCUGCACAUACACCAUGUGGGGACACGAUGGGCACCAUCAGUUUGUCUUCCAUAGACCAGAAUUUUUGACAGGACGGAAGUGGCAUGGAACGGACCAUCUAGUCAUUGAGAUUUGUCUUAGCAACUUUGCAAGUGCCUCUAAAUCUUCCAGUUGGAACAUUCUUCCUGAUCCAUCCAUGCAAGCGUACUGGAAAUGGUUUGUGUGUCGUUUCAGAAGAGAUCUAGAGAUGUUGUACAAUGGGGAAUUUCUGGGCAAAGGGGAAAUCCCUGAGGCCUGGAAGAGAAUUACCAAGCAGAAAGCACUUGCCGCUCUGGACAAGUGUUAGGCCAAGCUGAUGGGAAGGAAGAACCUCCAUGGCUUUGCAGUUUAGAAGAACAGAGUACAAGGCCGUCCACAAAAUGCUGUUUCAAUGCUUAUGCUGUCAAGCCACAGGAAGACAAUGGUAUCCAACUGCUGACAAAUUUGGGUGAAAUAAGGUGCGUUACUCCAGCCCUCACUCAGAAACUCCCUCACUUCCUGAUCAAGCAGAAUCCUCUUCCUUUCCUGCCAUAAACAUUCCCCUCUGAUUUGUCCUCGAGUAAAACAAAAACCCUCCUUGUGGUGAUGAGUCCCAUGGCCAAGGUGGAGCCCAAGUGCCAGAGGAAGAUCAAAGGCAGCACUAGGAAGCACCAAGUCGAUGAGCUGCUUCAGUGGAAUCCCUUGGAGGCUUUGAUAAUAAAGGAGCUGGUUUGGACCGG